UUGAUUUUUGUGCACACCAUAAAUUUCCACCAUUCAUACAGUCUCUAAGAGAGGUUGCAGUAAUUGGAGAGACAGCCAUGGCAACUGAGGUCAAAACCCAAGUGAAGGUUAGCCAUGGUGUGGAACCCUUUUGGAAAGCUUUGGCUAUGGAUUAUAUGCUGGUGAUCCCCCAAAUCAUCCCUAAUUUAGUCAAGAAUGCUGAAUUCAUUGAAGGAGAUGGUGGUCUUGGUACUGUCAUACUCUUCACCUUUGGUCCAAAUGUACCAGCAAUGAAGUACCAGAAGGAAAAGAUUGUGGAGCUUGAUGCGACUUUGCAUCGGAUUGCGAUGGAAGUGGUGGAAGGAGGUCACCUGAACCUUGGUUUUUCUUCAUACAAGACGACUUUCCAACUGACAGCACUGGGAGAGCAAGAGACUCUUGUUGAUCUCACAGUGACGUAUGAGUCUGAAAUUGAUCAGGAAAGUAGCAUGCCAUCAAAGACAACAGCUUCUGCACUAACUUAUGUCAAGUGCCUCGAAAAUUACUUGUCGAAUCCUGUCGUUUAGAUGAUCAUAUCUUCAUGAACUCAAUAAACAUUGUGUGUUUUAUGC